UAGUGUGUGCGCGUGUGUUUGUUUGUUUGUUUAUUUGUUUGUUUUCACUCGGUAAUGAUGCUGGAGUGGAAUAGCCCGGAUGUCACUAGCGAAAGCAGCAAUGGCGGCGUGGACUGCUCAUGUAGAAAUUUUGCGGGGCAGAACAUCGACUGUAAUCGAUAAAUUAUCAAAUGUAUACACUGAAGUGCCCAAGGCAGUCCAGCUGAAAGGAUACAGAAACUGGGUCCAGGGUUACAUUCACGAUAUUCUCGCUUCCCACCCACGGCAGUCUAAAACCACCUGUGCUGGUAUCAGCGGCAUAAACAUAGCAGGGGCUCGGUUGAGCUCCCCGGGCCUGUCGGAGGAUGGACAGCUUCUUCAGGGCUGCCGUGUGUGAGCUGGACAAGCUGCUCGACGACUUUGAGCAGAACGAAGAGGAGCCUGGACGUGCUGCAGCUGAAGGGUCAUCCUGUUCCCCCGCCUCCUCGGAACCUUCCGAAUGCCAUUUCGCACCCCUCGGUCUGCCUGAGGGCUUUCCGCCCAUCGUCGUCGGGCUCGAGAGCCUUGGCGAAUCUGGGCGGACGGCUUCACCAAGCAAAUCGGAAGUCCCCGUUCCCCUUCAGAGCAGGGCAGAGGAGGCCGUGCUCCAAAAUGGCGGGUCGCUGAGUUGUGAUUUUACAGCGAGCCGCACCGCCGGCGGAGUGCCUGACCUCGCCGAGGAGGCCGGAGGCGGAAACCCUGGCGGAGAAGACUUGGAGCUGCCCCGUGGCACGCAGUUAGACCACCAGGGGGCACCGUUGCGGGACGACGUGGGCAUUCUCCCCACAUUCUACCCUCCUGUGUCUGUUGUUGACCCUGCAGAGAUUGAAGAGGCGGGGGUCAUGGAUGAAGACGGCUUCUGUUUGGCAAGAGAUGCCUUUCCCCCCGUGUUUCAGGUGCAGAGGACGUUUUCAGUAGAUGAUGCGGUGAGCCAUUUGACCUGUAGGGGGAGUGUUUCUGACCAUUAUAGAGGAAUAGCCAGGCCACUUUCUGGGAGUCUUCCUCCAGUGGCAUCCUUGUACUGUGUCAUCUCGGCCCCCUCGUCCCCUCGAUCUCCGUCCCGCCCUCGCACCGUGCGCCCCGAACCCCCACCACACGUCCCGGACGACAUCCUGCUGCAGAACGAGCGAGCACCCGUGCCGGUCACAGAUGAAGAGCUGGACGCCUUCCUGCUGGGGCAGGCGGAGAAAGAGGGCGGGAGCGCGGGGCGGACCCCGGAGAAACGCGUGGACAAGGGCUUCUCCGAGACGAACGGAAGCCCGGAGGAAGGCCCCGACCCCCCACCGGGGUACGAGGGAGAGGGCGAGGAGAACACGGAGCCCAGGGGCUCCAUUGGACGCGACGCUGACCUGAAGCCUUCACCUACAGUGAUAGAUGAUGAGGACUCCCACUUCUCUCCGACUCUGGACCAGAGCCUGUGUGAGGCCGAUCUGGCCAGGGGGGGUAUCCAGGAGGAGGCGAUCGACGGCGCCCCUCACUGCCCCGACCUUGCUGCUGGCCGGCGCCUCCAUUGUGGAGCGAAAAGGGACAAACGGCAGCGGUUUGGCCAGAGUCCCAGCACCCUGGAGGCUGAGGAAAACAGCAAGAAUACACAUGCUCUGCCCACUGGAGAAAUCUCAGCCAAUCACAUCCAUGCUCCUCCCCCAGCCCCUGCUGUGGGCGAAGGUGUCCCUAGCCUGCCUGCGGUGGGGUCCGGCCGUGCUCGUCGAAAGACGUACGAGAACAGCUCUGGUUGCGACCAGCUCUCUGAAGCCCCGCCCUCCCCCUCCCCCUGCAGGCGGGAGGACUCCGCCCCUCCGGUCGGGGAGCGGAGAGGGCGCCGCAGUCUGGGGGCGACGCAGCCCUCCUGGGUGCCCGACUCGGACGCCCCCAGCUGCAUGAACUGCCUGCAGCGCUUCACCUUCACCAAGAGGAGGCACCACUGCAGGGCGUGCGGCAAGGUGAGCGCGUGCGCACGGCCUGCUGGGUCCCAGCCCGACUGCGGAUCCACUGAAGGUCCACUGAAGGUCGUUCAACUCAACGCCUCUGUGUACUGCGGAGUGUGCUGCAACAGGAAGUGCCGGCUGAGGUAUCUGGAGAGGAACGCCAGGGUGUGCACCGUCUGCUACGAAGCCAUUCACAAAGAAAGUGCAUCUGCUCGAACCCUGCUUCUAAGUGGACCGUUACUGGAUGAGGGGGAAUACAGUCAAGAGAGGACUAUGAGCCCCAGGGGUCCCAGCCCCAACCCCAACGCCCCGUCCGAGUACUGCUCCACCGUACCACCCCUGCAGCAGGCCCGCACCUCCGGGACCCUCAGCUCUGCUCCGCCCACUGUCAUGGUGCCCGUCUCCGUACUCAAGCACCCCGGCAACGAGGGUCCCCCCUCAGCGUUACCUCGAGAGCAGCGGCGCGUGUGGUUUGCUGACGGGCUUCUGCCGAACGGGGAGGUCGCGGACACCACCAGGCUCUCCGCAGGGGGCAACAAGAGGAGUUCCGUGGACUCCAGCUCUGUCACAACAGAGCCCCCGGUGGUGAAGGGAACAUUGGACCCACAGGCGAAGGACCCGCAGGAGAACGGGCCCGCGGAGGGCCAGGGAGCAGAAGAGCGCCCCCCAGUGCCAGGGCCCUGGGACUACAGCCUGCUGUGUAGAGUGGCUGGCUGUGUGGAGAGAAACAGCAGCCUUCUGCCAGAGGAGGAGGAGGGUCUACCCCCCCUGCUCAUCAUCACUGAGGAGGAACUUGGAGGAGAUGUGUUGACACAAGAGCGCCCCUCCCCCAGCCAGAUCCUGCGACUCCUGGAAGAAGGGGGGCCACAACCUUUGACCUUUGUACUCAACGUCAACCUGCUCGUCAACGUAAAGCUGGUCACCUACUGUGAAAGGAAGUGCUGGUUCUUCGGCUCCAAUGGGCUCCGGGGGGCGGGGCAGCAGGAGCUGGUUUUCCUCAUCCAGAAGCUGCCAGAAGAGGGCGCUGUCCCCAGAGACAUCUUCAGCCUCUACAUCAGGAUAUACCAGGAUGCCCAGAGAGGGAGGUUUGUGGAGGACCUGGGCAGCCUGACGCCGGAGGACAGCUUUCUGGGCAGCGGGGAGCACGGCGGGUUCCUGUUCUUCUCUCCCACCCACCAGCCCCUGGGGGGCCUCUCUCUUCCCCCGCCCCCCUUCCUGUGCGGGGUUCUGGUCCUCAGACCGGAGGUGCCCUGGGCCAAAGUGUUCCCCCUGCGCCUGUUGCUCCGGCUCGGAGCCGAGUACAGCGUCUAUCCCAGCGCGCUGGUGAGCGUGAGGUCCCGCAAGGCCGUGUACAGGGAGACGGGGCACACCAUCAUGAACCUGCUCGCUGACCUCAGGAACUUCCAGUACAGCCUGCCCGUGGUGGAGGGUCUGCAGGUGCACAUGGAGAUGGGAAACAGCUACAUCCUCAUUCCCAAAGCCAGAUUUACUCAGAUGAUGAAAGUGGUGAAUUCGUCCAAUGAGCACGUGAUCAGUGUGGGCGCCAGUUUCAGCCGGGAGGCUGACUCCCACCUGGUCUGCUUCCAGAACGAGGACGGGAACUACCAGACCCAGGCCAACGGCAUUCUGGGAAAGACCCGGACCGUGACGGGGGCCAGCUUUGUGGUGUUCAAUGGAGCUCUGAAAGCCUCUUCGGGUUUCAUGGCCAGGUCCAGCAUUGUUGAAGACGGACUGAUGGUUCAGAUCACGCCCGACACUAUUGAAGGCUUGCGCCAGGCCCUGCAGGAGCAGAGAGACUUCCAGAUCCCCUGUGGGAGGGCCGACUCCGUGGGGACGCGGGAGAACAUCAAUGUGCGCUGGGUGGACCGUAUGCCUCUCACUAAUGUGGGAGUGACCAGUCCUGUGGACGGCAGGUCACUGGACGAGGCCCUGAGGGUCCUCAUGGAGCAUGACACGGAGUUCCAGAGGGACGGCAAGGCCAUAAAGUGCACUGAGGUGUUCUACCUCCCAAAGGCCCCGGGCUGCCCUGUCUCGGCUGUGCCGUUGCCGCUCGGCCGUUUGCAGCAGGAAAUCGCCAGGGCAACCUGCGCAGCCCUGUGCCCCAACCUCACCGUGCUAAAGGACCAGGGCAUCAACUGCCUGGGCCUCCGCGUCUCAUCUGACACAGACAUGGUGGAGUACCAGGCGGGCUCCGCAGGGCGUGUCCUGCCCCAGCGCUACAUGAACGAUCUGGACGGUGCCUUGAUCCCGGUCAUCCACGGCGGGGCCUCCAGCAUCCCGCCCCAGCCCGCGGACAUGGAGCUGCUCUUCUACGUCACCGAAACCAUCUGAGUCUCCCAGCACUGACCCUCUGUAAGAGCCUUAUCGGGGGGGGGAGGGUGUGGGUCACCCCACAGGAGUGUGGGCUGGAACCUUCCCCGUGCAGAGACCGGUGGUCAGCCUAGCCCCCGACGGGACAGUUCCCCGCUCCCUCGCGCUAAACCCGAACACAGGUGUCCCACGGGAGGUGCUCAGCGAGCUCCUGCAAAACUUCACAGGAAUGUGGAGAUUGAACCCGCGUCAAACACUCCAGAGCGGUUGCGUGUAAGUUAUUGAAAAUGCCUAAAUGCUCAACCUCCCAAACACUUGACCCUUAAGAAUAAGAAGGACCGAAAACCAGGAGACAGCUGUCAGGAAGAAUGGUUCCCCCUUAGGCCUUUAUGGCCAUUCAUGGGAAAUUGCUGAAAGUAUACCAACCACGACUGUGUAAAGCAGCAGUUUAGGGGUUUUAACUUUAAACGUGUAAAGCAAGUACAGGUACAUAAGUGUGCACUGCUAAAAAGGCAAGGCAGUUGUAGCUAAGCUAGCCUGUGUACAGAGAUGCUUCCCUCGGUUUCGAUGCUGGGAUUUGAUCUUGAAAUAUGAUUUAGGCUCAUCAUCACCACAUUUUAACAACAGUGGUAAGCAAGCAUACUAAACUAGAAAUGUUUGUACAGUCAGGUCUAUAAAUAUUUGGACAUUGACAAAGUUAUUGCUACCACAGCAUAUUGGAGUUGAAAUUAAAUAAUGAAUAUGAGCAGAGCAAAGUGCAGACCUUCAGCUUUAAUUUGAAGGUAUUUACAUCCAAAUCGGGUGAACGGUGUAGGAAUUACAGCACUUUGUAUAUGUGGUCCCCCCAUUUUUAAGGGACCGAAGGUAAUUUGACAAUUGGCUGCUCAGCUGUUCCAUGGCCAGGUGUGUGUUAUUCCCUCAUUAUUUCAUUUACAAGUAAGCAGAUAAAAGGUCUAGAAUUGAUUUCAAGUGUGGCAUUUACAUUUGGAACCUGUUGCUGUUAACUCUCAAUAUGAAGUCCAAAGAGCUGUCACUGUCAGUGAAGCAAGCCAUCAUUAGGCUGAAAAAAAAUCAGAGAUAUAGAAAAAAUAUUAGGUGUGGCCAAAUCAACUAUUUGGUACAUUCUUAAAAAGAAAGAACACACUGGUGAGCUCAGGAACACCAAAAGGCCCUGAAGACCAUGGAAAACAACUGUGGUGGAUGACAGAAGAAUACUUUCCCUGGUGAAGAAAAACCCCUUCACAACAGUUGGCCAGAUCAAGAACACCCUCCAGGAGGUAGGCGUAUCUGUGUCAACGUUAACAAUCAAGAGAAGACUUCACCAGAGUAAAUACAGAGGGUUUACCACAAGAUGUAAACCAUUGAUAAGCCUCAAAAACAGGAAGACCAGAUUAGAGUUUGGCAGAAAAAAACAUCUAAAAAAGCCUGUACAGUUCUGGAACAACAUCUUAUGGACAGAUGAGAUAAAGGUCAACUUGUACCAGAAUGAUGGGAGGAGAAGAGUAUGGAGAGGGGAAGGCACUGCUCAUUAUCCAAAGUAUACCACCUCAUCUGUGAAGCAUGGUGGAGGUAGUGUUAUGGCGUGGGCAUGUAUGGCUGCCACUGAACUGGUUCCCUUGUAUUUAUUGAUGAUGUGACUGCUGACAAAAGCAGCAGGAUGGAUUCUGAAAUGUAUAGGGCUAUAUUAUCAGCUCAGAUUCAGCCAAAUGCUUCAAAGCUCAUUGAACGGCGCUUCACAGUGCAGAUGGACAAUGACCCAAAGCAUACUGCAAAAGCAACCCAAGACUUUUUAAGGCAAAGAAGUGGAAUGUUCUGCAAUGGCAAAGUCAAUCACCUGACCUGAAUCCAAUUGAGCAUGCAUUUCACUUGCUGAAGGCAAAACGCCCCAAGAACAAGCAGGAACUGAAGACAGCUGCAGUAGAGGCCUGGCAGAGCAUCACCAGGGAAGAAACCCACUCAUCUGGUGAUGAGUAUGGGUUCAAGACUUCAGGCAGUCAUUGACUGCAAAGGAUUUGCAACCAGGUAUUAAAAAUGACAAUUUAAUUUAUGAUUAUGUUAGUUUGUCCAAUUACUUUUGAGCCCCUAAAAUUGGCGGGGGCUCAUAUAAAAAUGGUUGUAAUUCCUACAUCGUUCAUACAAUAUUUUUGACAAAACCCUUAAAUUAAAGCUAAAAGUCUACACUUAAAUCACAUCUUGAUUGUUUAAUUUCAUUAUGGUGGCGUACAGAGCCAAAAUGAUGAAAAUUGUGUCACUGUCCAAAUACUUAUGGACCUGACUGUAUGUACUUUUCAUUCUUCAGGUAAAAUAUAUUAUUGUAAUUAAAAUUAAGAUUAUUAUAAUGUAUAAUGUAUUAUAAUGCACUAUUAAUGGUUGUUGUUCGUUUUCUUCAUUAUGUCUAGUAGAGGCCUUAACUCGCUUGUCACUGCUGUCAUCUAUAGAAACUGUAAGACUCUGAGAAAUUCAGUUCGUUGUAACAAGCAUAAAACCUAUUUUUUAAACCAUUCUGUCCAUUAAAAUGAAUAUUUUCUUAUA